AUAUAUAUAUAUAUAUUCUAUUUAAAACACGCCUCUGCUGUUUUAAAUUAUAUUUAUUUUAGCGGUUUGUUGUAAAACACGACCUAUCAGUAACACAGCCAUGUUUGCCGCGGCAGCCUCGCUCAAAUCCGGCCAAAAACUCGUCACGUUUUCCAGCGUCAUGUUGCUGGGUCUGUUUGUAAUUUUAUUAGCCGCUCCGAGUUCGGGUUUUUAUUUCACUUCGGAACCCGUCCGAGAACCGAAGAAGCCCGGGUCCCUCGCCACGGUUCGGCUGUUCGUCUCCGAGAAUUUGGCUGAAGCACGCCGCAGCGUGGACUCCUUGGUCGGGCGAGAAGUCGUGGACACCUCGCUGGGGUAUUUGCAGAACGCUGGUUUGACCGUUUCUGAGGGACUCGCAACGGGACUCAAUGUUCUCGUGAAACUCAUCAGUGAAUUCCUCGCGGCGCUGGGGGUCGAGGACCGUCACUCGCUAUCCCGCUUGCAGUUCACCCAGCAGGAGGUUGCCACAGUGCUGCUCUGGACCCUGGCCGCUCUGAUUGUGUACUGGCUGCUCUCCCUGGCGCUGGGAUUGGUGGGCUGCGUGGUGAGGCGGGUCCUGUGGCUCAUCAAGCUCGCCGCUUUCUCUGGCGCCUUCCUCCUCAUCCUGCGCCGCGUCGAGGACAGCUACCAGCGGGGGGCGCUGGUCCUGGGACUGGUUUUACUGGCCGUGCUACUGGGAGGGUUCAGGGGCAGCCCGGGGGAAACCAGUGCAGCCAGACUGGAAGGACUGGAGCAGAGGGUGGCUGAACUGAACAGGAAAGUCAACAGCCAGGGGAAAAGAAUCUCAAAGGAAGAUAAUUAAACAUUGUAACAUACCAAGGCUUUAUAUAUAAUGGUUUUUAAAUGUCUCACCUCUUAUUAGCUUUAUUAACAUGAUCACCGGCCCCUCCCUUUAAAGGAGCGCUGACCAUCUUUAAAAUCCAUUCUCUCACCUCUUAUUAGCUUUAUUAACAGGAUCACCGGCCCCUCCCUUUAAAGGAGCGCUGACCAUCUUUAAAAUCCAUUCUCUCACCUCUUAUUAGCUUUAUUAACAUGAUCACCGGCCCCUCCCUUUAAAGGAGCGCUGACCAGCUUUAAAAUCCAUUCUCUCACCUCUUAUUAGCUUUAUUAACAUGAUCACCGGCCCCUCCCUUUAAAGGAGCGCUGACCAUCUUUAAAAUCCAUUCUCUCACCUCUUACUAGCUUUAUUAACAUGAUCACCGGCCCCUUCCUUUAAAGGAGCGCUGACCAUCUUUAAAAUCCAUUCUCUCGCCUCUUAUUGUGUUUCUUAAGAGUUUAAAGUUUACAUGCAUUUUAAAAAGGUUAACUUUACUACAAAUUUAAAAAAAAAACAACACACUGCAUGAACUCCUAACACUAUAGUGCUCAGACAAUCGGGUGAGAAUUUAAAAUUUAUAUAUAGUCUUAAGGAACUGUGUUGUGGCGUUCCACGGCUUCCUGUUUCACUGGGGUAUAAAAAUGCGGUAACACGCAUAUGAAAUCCAUUUGUCAUCCAUCACCAUGGGGAAAGGCAAAGAACUCACAAAUCAAGAGAGACAUUAUUAUUAUUUAUUUCUUAGCAGACGAAUUGGUACAGCCCUGGCUAGGACUACAGCUCCCAGCAUGCCUCUGCACCCGCGGCAAUGGUGAGGGAUGCUGGGAGCUGUAGUUCUUUAACUGCAAUGCGCUGGGCUGGGCUGUAUUACAUUGUUUUUGCUCAGUCUGUGUUGCUUUGACUGUGAGUUCAGGAGCUGCUCUUCAGUUCUAGCUGCGCUGCCGUAGUUAUUGUAUUGUGAAUCGGUACAGCCCUGGCUAGGACUACAGCUCCCAGCAUGCCUCUGCACCCGCGGCAAUGGUGAGGGAUGCUGGGAGCUGUAGUUCUUUAACUGCAAUGCGCUGGGCUGGGCUGUAUUACAUUGUUUUUGCUCAGUCUGUGUUGCUUUGACUGCGAGUUCAGGAGCUGCUCUUCAGUUCUAGCUGCGCUGCCGCAGACACGCGGAACACGGGCUAGACCGUCUUCUAUAAAAAAGUGUUUUGCCAGCUAAACUUGACUCUAGAUGGCGCCAGCUCUCACUUCUAUACAGACUGGCUGAUCUAGUCUCUGUGACUGCAAUAAUAAUAAUAAUAAUAAUAGUAAUAGUAAUAUUAUUAUUAUUAUUAUUAAGUGCUUGGAAUGAAUGUAAACCUCAUGGAAAGGUAAAGGGGAGGAGAGCAAAAAAAAUCGAAUUCAGAAGCUUCUUCACUAUUUUGGACUGGCUGUUACACCAAGUUUGAAUUCUCAGCUACUGUUACGAUCCAGGAUUACAGUUAUUUUAUGUUUUGCUGGUACAAAAAAAAACAACUUUAUUGAAUAAAAGUGAGAUUUUUUUUUUCACAA